GCUGACUGAACGCGUCCCUGAUCCCUUGACAGUAUCCAUAUAGUUAUCGCUCCAAAGAUGAGGAGAUGUGGUCCACAUUACACCUUUUGCCUUCUGGGUCAUCAACAUUGGAGAAAGUCAUGCAGCUUGGUUCUGCUGCUAUCAUUAUCUUUGAACACACUUUCCAUCUUUUGCAACAGCAACGCCAUCCUGAGCAGGAGUCCGUUCACCCUCUUCAUGUUGCUCUUCAGCAGUACAUGGCGUCUCCCAAUGCAGCUGCUGUCAGGGAAGCUCUGAGCCCUGCCGCCCACACAUAUGAAACAAGUUU